GACUACGAACGUCGAACAGUUAGAGUAGGGGUAAAACUGUCGGGUGUGAAGUUGUCUUGUUUUAUUUUUCCUCCUAACGUUUUGAGGAACGAGUUGAAGGAGGGAAAGAAGGAUGGGAAUAAGUCACAUUUGAACUCAAGUGAGAGAGUUGUCAUGUUUGAAAGGACUGAGGGCUGAGGAAAAGAAGGGAGGAACUACUUCUGCUGGUGGUGGUUUAUAAUUUUUUUUCUCCCUUCGAAGAGGACGACUGCCUCAUGUCCAAGGAGACUGUCCAUCCAUCAGAAGGGCCGGCGGGUCCAGGACAGGGCCCACGGCAAGAGACAAGUCCCCUGCUGUUAGCGUCACACGAUGCUUGUGACUGUGAAUCAACAGGAAGCGCGUCUUCUCCUAGGAAACAAUCCGCUGAAGGACAAAGUCUCGUGACGGAGGAGAAGCCUAAUUAUUGCAAGCCUGUGAGGACUCAGCCGCGGUCCGAGUCUGACCUGAAGCCAGCGCCUUCUGAGGAGGCGGAGCGAGAGACUGCCAAGGACCAAAAUGGCUUUCCCCACAACAGCUCCGGCACGCCCACAGCAUCCAACGCCAACGGAAUCCACUCCGGCAUCGGCAGCCCUGAGGGCACGAGGACGUGCACCUGCGGCGCCGGCGUCGGGGCUAGCGCGGCGGGCAGGUCGGGCCCCGGGCACGCGCCGGCGACAGCCAUGCCACAGACAGAGCAGCCCAGGAGGCAGCCGUCCAUGCCCGUGUCUCACAGGGUGCAGAGGAAGCUGAAGUCCAGCUUGUCGGUCAACAGUGACAGCAGCAGACGGAGCAAAGGCAGCUCCACGGGCUCGCAGAAACCUCCUUUACCAGAGGGUUAGUAAUCGGCACACAAUGUUGGCAAUUAAAGAUUAAAACGCAGUACUAAUUCGAACUAACUUUUCUGACUCCUAAUUAUAUAAUUCUGUCUCUUCAUCUCAGCUUGUGUCGACCCUAAUAUCAUUCUAACUUUGUUAGCAAAGCUUCGAGCAGCAGGAUUUAGUCAGGGAUGGUAAAGGCAAUUUAGACACUAAUGAUGAAAAUCGACCUUAUGGCCUGGUUAAACCGUUGGUGUCAUUUGGUGUCCAGUUUCUCACCCAAUAUGCCACCAAAAUGAUCAUAAUAUUUAUCUGAAAUUUUGGGGAGAAAAUAAAGUUUUCUAAUUCUAAGUUUAUUGAUUUUUACUUGAUGGCAGCAGUUCAGAAAGUUUAUGAAGAAAGUAUCGACCACAUCCUGGUCUUGUUUGCAUAAAAUCAACAUCCAUUUUUCUUCAUGUAGGAAAAUACAAGCCUCCUGACUUACCAGAGUUCCACAAAAGAACAGAUGAGCGAAACCAAAAUGGCGGGAAGCUUGGGGCAUUUUCUCGGACGGCUCGUGAAGUAAUACCCCCAUCAGCUAUCGAUAAUAAAUUCUUACCUUCUCUCACCUUUUAAUGAUGAAGGUGCCUGACCUCUCGUAUUUAUCACUCCCGUCAACCAAAUGACAUCUUAUCUCUCUCCCGUGGCUUUUAUUUGCCUUAACAAUAAGUCAGAGGGUGCGUUGGGCGUGCGGGGAAGCCAUCACUUUUGUCAGGUGAGAGGCUGAGGUGAGUCCGGUAAUGAAGGUGGCUGCCCGGUCCUCUUCCGUCGGGAAGAUAGGUGCGAGCGUCUAACGAGGCCUGAGAGCACGGGGUGCCUAUUAUAAGUCGUGACCAACCUUCUUCAGGCCCCUCACACCUCUCUGGGCCCUUUUUGGCUCUCCCCACAUCCCAUCAGCAACACCUUGGCCCUCAUUAGCAGGGCCCCGUUGCUCCCCUCUUCAAUCUAUUGCAUUUGGUGGCUGUGUGUUCUCCGCCGCUUCAGUACGCUUCCCAAGGGAUAAGCAUAUUUUGCUGUUUAUUUGACUUAUUUACAGGUCUAUUUCAGUAAAUUGCGUUUAGAUCUUACAGCUAAAGAAAACCCACGAUUCAGUUUCAGAAAAUCUGAAUAUUACUUAUUCAUGCAUAAAAGAAACGAUUUUAGUAGAGAAAUGUUAUUACUCAAGUCACUGAUACCCUCCACAAAGAUGGUAAAUCACAAGUGGUCUCUACUGCAUAAACUGCAUGUUUUGAAAACGGAAUCUAACUAUAUUAACAGAUAAUUAGGUGGAAGGAAAAAUGUGGUUGAAAAAGCCCCACAUGCAAGGAUAAUGGCAGCCUUGAGGAUUGUGAAGCAAAGUCCAUUCAUGAGCUUAGGAGGACAUUUACAAGGCUUGUUCAGAAUGUCCAGAACCACUGCAGAUGUAUCCACGACAACAGCUGCAACUGUUGGAUCGAGGUCACUGCAUCUGGAGGAACAGUGGAGAGGCUUAGCAUACGAGUCGCCUGUGGUCCAGUGUGAAGUUUCCACAGAGUUUAGUUGGGGUGUCAGGCUAUCUGCUGCUGUUGGUCCACUGCAGAUUAUCAGAUCCAAAGCAAGUCCAACCAUCUAUCAAGAAAUCUGCUGCUGACAGGACUUGUUGAGAUGCCGAAUUCAUUUUCCAGCAGCACUCGGCACCUGCUCACACUACCAAAAGUACCAGUACCUGGUUCUAAUGACCAGGAAGUGAUUGUGUUCACUGGACCAAACAAUGCAAGAAUGCUGAAGGUUGUCAUCAAAGCAGCACAUCAGCAGAGCUGAUGGUACAGUGGUACAAUAAUUUAUGCAAGUAGCCCUAGCCAAGAGUUGAGUACAUAGAUCUACUUUUCUUCCUUUUUUCUACCACCCUUUUACCUUGGUUUCAACUUUCCAGAUUGUUGAAAAUACUUGCGUACUGCCCUUGGAGCUUUAUUGCCUUACCUCUCCAUGGCUUGUAUCAGUGACUCAAAUCAGCAGCCUUCCCCAGGAUUGUGUAUGUUGUAACUUUGUAUUUUCGUAUUCAAAUUGUUUAUUGAUCACAUUAUGCUCUAUUUGAAGAUUCUGGAAACAGAUUUUUUUUUUUCUUGGAGGGGGGCUGAACUAUCUGUAAGCCUUAACCAUCUAAUUUAAUCUACAUAAAUGCUUGAAAUAUAUCCCUUUGUGGCUCCAAGUUUAAAUUAAAUAUAAACUGUAAUCUGAUAAAAAUAAUUUUUAAAAAAGUCUGUGAUUGGAAGAUAAUUUUAAAUUGGGGCUGUCAGAUCUUUAUUCGAUGCAUCAGAGCAGAACCAAAAACAAAGGCCGUACCCUCAUCCUCAAUUCUUCUCAAGUUUAGAUAAAAUGCAACCACCAGAUAUGGUCUCAAUGUGUCAUGUUUUCCACGUCUUAAUUGGUGGCAAAAAAAAACAAAGUAGAGGAAGCGCAGGGAAAAAAAAAAAGCACUAAACGCUCAACAAGUCUCAUUACAGCUUUCGUGUUGCCUUUUUGAAGAUGCCAGAGCUCUCAGUAUCAAUAUGCUGGUUCUCAACUGUUUAUUUCCCCCCGGAUGGCAGCCAAGCUGUUGUUUGAAUGUUUACACGGAUUAACAUAAUCUGUUUGCCUGUUAAAUUAGCCUCCUAAACAGCCCCUCUGAACACAGGAAAUAAAAGGCGCGAGCUAGCAGAAGCUAGCUCUGGGGACUCUCCCGCUCUGAAUGAUUCUUGGCACACGCCGUUGGCUCCGGAGCCAACAACCCCGAUGCUUCUGAGCAGCCGUUUAGCAGGCUGCUUUUUGCACAGCAGGGUGGGCCGUCUCAACUCUUGUUGUCUGUGUAUCGGUUCAGAUCUCCGAGCUGCUUUGGCCUCGUUCCGAGAUUCAGAGUCAACCCCCACUCUUUUUUUGUCUUUCUUUGCCAUUUCCUCGGAUGUUUUUGCGCCUUGUCUCAGUCAUACAUUAUAAAAGGGCCGGCUUUUAAGUCGUAUGUGGUGGACCUUCACUAUCCAACCCACAUGGUCACUCAGGCUUUGUCUCAUCACCCCUCUCCCGCUUUCUUUUUUUUUCCCCUCCUCUUCGAGGGUUUCGAUGUUUUGCACAGCUUGCCGCUCCGAGGCCCAUCCAGCUUGUUUUGUGUCACGCCGCUCCCCUUUAUUUUUUUGAUGUCAGCUUUCCACACGUCUCUUACUAUUUCCUCGGAGACGCCUGGACGCCGGUUUUCGGGCUUCAUCUCCACCGACUGACAUUAAACAGGAGCGUUGUGAGUGUGCGAUGCGCUCAGUCUGUCCGUCGGUUGGCUUCUCUCCAUCUCCGCCCGUCUUUCUCGUGUGUUUUCUCGCCCAUCUGUGCCUCACGUCCAGCUCUCUUGUGUGCAAUGUACGACCCUCCCCUCGCUCCCCUCCCUCCAUCUCCUCCUCCUUGCUGGCUUCUGUAAGAUCCAGACUAAUCGCUGGUGCUGAAUUAUACAUCCAAGUGAAUAGCUGAGAUGGCUGUCCACUGCUUAAUGUCUGUGUACUGUUUUUGUAUCAUACUCAAAGUCUGCUGUUGCACUGUUGGCAUGGCUAUACCCUCUGGGUGUUUCAGAGUUUGUUAAGCUGAACUUUAAAGUUUUGAGCUGGUUUCUCCGGAGCCCUUGCAUUUCGCUGCCAGUAAACAGGAGAACGAGCCACAUUUUCUCUCUGCCGAGUUCUCUGGGUGUAGAUGCAGCACCCUGCAAAAUAUUUAUACCCCUUGAACUUUUUUUUCACAUUUUGUCAUUUUACAUUUAGAUGUCAUUGUAUUUCCCCCCCUCCCCCACCGCCCCCGCCUCUUUAUAGAUGCAUCAUUUUCAAAUUUCUUUAAAGUAUUUUGAAGAACAUAAAUCAUGAAAUUCUGACAGGGCUUCAGCUAACAGAUUAUUCUGACAAUUAUAUAAACGGAUAAACAACAUCGGCACAUUUUACAGAUUAGAAACGCAUUAAAAAAUGGGAUUAUUUCACUGAAUUUGAACCAGGUGAAGCUAAAACACGGCAAUUAUUUAUUUAUUUUAGUUUUUUUUUUUUUUUUUUUUUUUUUUUCAGCAAAUGGCCUGUUUUGAGAUCUAUAUACUCCAGUUAUGGAUUAAUUGAUUGCUAAAUUAGUUGACGUUUAUUACAAAAAUUGAUUUAUCACGAUUAAUCUGAUUAUCCAUUUCAGCCCUAAAUUGUUGGAAGUUGCUAAGAGGUACAUUUGCAACACAAACUGCAUUAAGCAAUUAUCAUGAGGUAUUACUUGUUUCUGUGUAACUGACCCUCCCACCUGAGCUGUGGAUCUCCACAACUCCUCCAGAGUCGCCACAGGACGAUUUGUUUUUUGUGUUCUCUCCUUGGUGUGCCAGCUCAAGUUGCACGGUGCACAAACUUUUGACGUUUAAAAUUUCUUUAAAUUUUAAGAUAUUCACAGAACAAAUUAAUGAGAUUAAAUUACGCACAGAUUUACUCUCAAGCUGUAGUACUUCCGAAGAAAAUUUGUUUAAUUUGGGUUUAACAGGGUAAAGGGAUUGAAAGAUGUAUGGUCAGCAAACAUUAUUCAGAUUUUUCUUCAUUUAAAAAAACAAAACAAAAGCAAAAUGUAUGAACCAUAGUUUUCCUUCCACCUCAGUUUGUAUUAUGCUCUGUCUGUCACUUAAAAACCCCAUAGAUAAGUCUUAAGCUUUGUGGUUUAAUGUGACAAAAUGUAGGAAACUUCAAGGGGUAUGAAUACUUUGCAAGGUUCUGCGAGUUCUCAUGCAUCUUCCAUCGCCGCCCAUCUUGAGGCCUCAGAUAAGGAUAAAACUUCAGGCGUCCAUUCUGACAUGUACGCAAGCUCUUUCCUCGUUUCAUAUUCCUCUCGCUAUCUUGUUUGUAUCAGCCUGCGCUUCUGGUCAGCUCUGCAGCCCUCAGCACUGCAAAAUUACAGGAGGGGGGGGGAAAAAAAAAAAAAAAAAAACUCCUUUCUACUUUGAUUAAUCAAACAUGAACAUUCAGUGGGGCUCAGUUCGCCUUCCCUGUUCUGUCCUCCACACUCUGCACCUUUUUUUCCCCCCUCUAACCCAAUCAGUAACAGGCACUUCUGACGGCUGGAGAUGGGCUGAUGAAAGUCAUGCAAAUGCAGUCUGUUUGUAAUGCUAUUUUUCCCCGCAUCCAUCCACAUCAUGUCUCUUUAACACUCCAAAGCAGUGGCGCGGCUCUGAACUCUGAUCAAAAAAAAAAAGAAAAACAAAGAAACGGCUGCGAGGAGUAGUGUGCCAGGUUCACUUGCGGAAGGACUUAUAGUUCAACAACAGAACUUCUUGGAACUUCUCGAGUGCUGAAGAGAGUUGAAUAGCAUUACUUUUAUGCAUUUAUACCUUACAUUUUGAUUUGUUUACUUUAAGUUUUUUAUAUUUGUUUCCAGAUACAGUGCAUUGCAAAACAAUUUAUUCCCCUUAAGCCCUUUUAACAAUUUGUCAAGUUGUAACCACUGACUUUUCUGUGUUUUUUUU